AUGGAAUCCGUCGAAGAAAGUUCCAUUCAGGAGCGUUCCAUCGAAGAAGGCAAAACAGCCUAUGUCUUCCCAGAUGAAAGCCAUGAAACGCUGUUGGAUGUUCGAAAUGGACCGAUAGUAGCCCCUCGACCGCGCUCAGACUGGGCUAUGGCUCAGAAGGUGGUCGAAAUGCAGGAAAGAGAUCUUGCUGCAGGCUAUGCCAAACGUGAGCUCGGGGUUACCUGGCAGAACUUGAACGUUGAAGUCCUCUCCGCGGAGGCAUCGGUCAAUGAGAAUUUCUUCUCCCAGUUCAACCUCCUCCAACUCGUGCGUGACUUUCGGCAGAAGAAGCGGAUGAGAAGCAUCCUGCAAGACAGCCAUGGUUGCGUGAAACCAGGGGAAAUGUUGCUCGUGCUGGGUCGCCCGGGCUCCGGAUGUACCACAUUAUUGAACAUCCUUUCAAACCGGAGAGCGGGCUUUCGAUCGGUCUCCGGCGAUGUGAAAUUCGGCACCAUGAAUCCGGAGGAAGCUACCCAAUACAAGGGGCAAAUCGUUAUGAAUAGCGAAGAGGAGAUUUUCUUUCCUACUCUGACGGUGGGCCAGACGAUGGAUUUCGCUACCCGCCUCAAGGCACCUGCUCAUGUCCCAGGUAGUGUUUCACCCUCGGACUGGGCCGGUAACUUCAAAAAAUUCCUUAUGGAUUCAAUGAAGAUAUCACACACUGAAGAAACUAAAGUCGGAAACGAAUUUGUGCGUGGUGUCUCUGGUGGCGAGCGGAAGCGAGUCUCCAUUAUCGAGUGCAUGGCGACAAGAGGCUCAAUCUUCUGCUGGGACAACAGUACUCGUGGCUUAGACGCUUCUACUGCACUCGAAUGGGCGAAGGCUAUUCGUGCAAUGACUGACAUUCUGGGCCUUACCACCGUUGUGACGCUAUACCAGGCGGGUAACGGUAUAUUCGAUCAAUUCGACAAGGUUCUGGUACUGGAUGAGGGAAAGGAAAUUUUCUAUGGACCCGCAUCUGCGGCAAAGCCAUUCAUGGAAGCUCAAGGCUUCGGUUUUACUGACGGUGCUAACGUGGCCGACUAUUUGACCGGUGUCACAGUACCAACAGAACGGAAGAUACUCCCCGGGUACGAGAUCUCAUUCCCCAAAAAUGCGGAAGAACUCACCAAAAUCUAUCGGAACUCCGAUAUCUGCCAAGUUAUGAUGGCUGAAUACGACUAUGGAUCAAGCUCACUGGCCACGGAGCGGACAAAUGCACUCAAAGAGUCGGUGGCAUUCGAGAGGAGCACGUCCCUGCCGAAGAGUAGCCCAAUGACCUCCGGAUUCCUAGACCAGGUGAAAAUAUGCAUUUCCCGACAGUAUCAAAUCAUUUGGGGUGAGAUGUCCACAUUCGUCAUUCGACAGUUCAUUUCUCUCGUUAUGGCGCUGAUUGUGGGAUCUUGCUUUUAUGAUUCUCCGGACACGUCAGCUGGUCUAUUUACGAAAGGUGGCGCGAUCUUCUUCGCUCAUGUAUAUCAAGUCACCCAGGCAAUGGCUGAAGUCACCGGCUCCUUCAAAGGACGGCCUGUAGUGACCAAACACAAAUCCUUUGGCUACCAUCAUCCGGCGGCUUACGCUUUGGCUAUCAUUACUGCCGAGCUUCCAGUGGUCCUUAUCCAAUGCACAAUCUUCUCGGUAGUGUUGUACUGGAUGGUCGGCCUGAAGGCAACGGCUUCUGCAUUUUUCACGUUUUGGAUCAUUAUCAUUGCUAUCACUUUGUGUGUGAAUGCUCUUUUCAGAGCCAUCGGUGCCGCGAGUAGCAAUAUCGAGGUGGCUUCUAAGCUUUCUGGCGUGUCGAUGAAGUUCCUAGUGAUGUAUACCGGUUAUAUGAUUCCUAAACCAAACAUCCGAAACUGGUUCGUGGAGUUCUACUACGCAAAUCCACUCGCCUACGCUUUCCAAGCCGGCCUGACCAACGAAUUCCAUGACACCACUAUGCCUUGCGUCGGCACAAGUCUGGUUCCUUCCGGAAGCGGCUACAAUGAUCCGAGAUACCAGUCCUGUUCGGGUGUAGCUGGGGCUGAAAAAGGCGCUACUUACGUCACUGGUGACAACUAUCUCGCUGCUCUCCACUACAAGCACUCUCAGAUGUGGCGCAAUUUUGGAGUUGUAUGGGGAUGGUGGGCGUUCGGCGUGGGCCUGGCUAUAUUGGCUACCUGCAUGUGGCGUACCCAAAAUGCCGGCAGCAAUGUCCUGCUUAUCCCGCGUGAGAAGAUGUCGCACUUCCAGGGACCAAAGGACGAAGAAACCCCACCGACCCAGGAGAAGCAGCAUGGCAACACUCCUAUCCCAGGUGAUGACAACCACAACGAACCUAAUCUGGUACGAAAUACGUCGGUUUUUACAUGGAAAAACCUCAGCUAUACAGUCAAGACUCCUUCGGGAGAUCGCGUCCUCCUGAACGAUAUCUAUGGCUGGGUGAAGCCCGGAAUGCUUGGUGCUUUGAUGGGAUCAUCUGGAGCUGGUAAAACAACCUUGCUGGAUGUCUUAGCGCAGAGAAAAACUGAAGGCACGAUCCGCGGCAGCGUUUUGGUUGAUGGGCGUGAACUCCCCUUGUCGUUCCAAAGAAUGGCAGGUUAUUGCGAGCAACUCGAUGUUCAUGAGCCUUAUGCCACCGUGAGAGAAGCGUUGGAAUUCUCAGCUCUUUUAAGACAGUCCGAGGUGGUACCCCGGGAGGAGAAACUGGCCUAUGUAGACACUAUCAUCGAUCUUCUGGAGCUUCAUAAUCUUGCAGAUACAUUGAUUGGUACUGUGGGUGAGGGUCUCAGCGUGGAGCAACGAAAGCGCGUUACCAUCGGUGUUGAGCUUGUAUCGAAGCCGAAAAUUCUGAUCUUCCUCGAUGAGCCUACUUCGGGACUUGAUGGUCAAUCUGCGUUCAAUACAGUUCGAUUCCUACGCCGCUUGGCUGACGCGGGCCAGGCAAUCCUAGUAACUAUUCAUCAACCAUCUGCUCAAUUGUUUUCUCAAUUCGACACUCUGCUUCUCCUCGCUCGUGGAGGCAAGAUGGUCUAUUUUGGUGAUAUCGGGGACAACGCGUGCACGAUCAGGGACUACUUUAGUCGAUACGGUGCACCUUGUCCUAUCCAAAAUAACCCUGCUGAACAUAUGAUUGACGUGGUCACUGGUGGUAUUGAGGCUGUGAAGGAUAAAGAUUGGCACACAGUCUGGCUUGAGUCUCCCGAGAAUGCCGCUCGCCUUGAAGAACUUGAUCUAAUAGUCUCAGAGAGUGCUGCAAAACCCGAAGCAGAAUCUGACGACAGAGAAUUUGCGACCUCACUUUGGACCCAGAUCAAGAUUGUGACUGGGCGCAUGAGUAUUUCCUUGCUGAGGAAUACGGACUAUGUCAACAACAAACUGGAGUUGCAUAUCAUUUCUGCAUUUCUCAAUGGAUUUUCAUUCUGGCACCUUGGGUCCGCGGUGUCCGAUCUUCAGUUGAAGCUAUUUACUAUUUUCAAUUUUACCUUCGUCGCGCCGGGUGUUAUCAACCAACUCCAACCCCUUUUCAUCCAACGUCGUGAUAUAUACGAUGCUCGUGAAAAGAAGUCGAGAAUGUACUCGUGGAAGGCAUUUGUUACGGGUCUGAUUGUCUCGGAGUUUCCGUAUUUAUGUCUCUGUGCUGUGUUAUACUUUAUUUGCUGGUAUUACCAGACCAAAUUGCCACAUGCCUCUAAGGACGCCGGGGCCACUUUUUUCAUCAUGUUGACCUACGAGUUCAUCUACACCGGAAUUGGACAAUUCAUCGCGGCGUAUGCCCCGAAUGCUACCUUUGCCGCACUAGUCAAUCCUUUGGUUGUGAAUUGCUUGGUUCUGUUCUGUGGUGCGCUGGUACCCCAGCCAGAGCUCAACGUCUUCUGGAAGUACUGGAUGUACUACUUGAAUCCGUUCACCUACGUUCUGGGAGGCAUGCUCACGUUUGGCAUAUGGGACUCUAAGGUCAACUGCAAGCCGAGUGAACUCGCUUACUUCGAUUCCGUGAAUGGAACGUGUGCGUCCUACCUCAAGGAUUAUAUGGCCACUGCUGCGGGGUCUGCCAUCAACCUUCUCAACCCGGAUGCAACUUCUCAAUGUGAAGUGUGUAAAUACUCGCAUGGAAGUGACUUCUUGAAGGGUCUCAAUAUCAAACAUCACUAUUACGGCUGGCGGAAUGCCGGUAUCUGCGUGAUCUUUGCUAUCAGUGGGUAUGCCUUGGUCUUUGGUAUGAUGAAGCUUCGGACCAAGGCCUCCAAGAGAGCCGAGUAA